UUUCUCUCCCACCAGAGCCGAUCAAUCCCGACAGCAAAGAUGGCGGCUGAACGGCGCUGAAUGCUCUCCGUAAUGAGUUACCAAAUUGGCUGUAUUUAUCUACUUUUGUACUAAACAAGGAAACCCAACCCCAUAAGAGAAAACCGUUUCGGUAAAGAAAUGUUGUGAGACCGACUAUACGUAUUUGUUUCUUUUGACGGGAAGUUAGGACGACUCCGUAGUUUUCCGUGUUAGCGGUAGGUGUGCAUCGCCGUAGCUAGCUCGUAUCGUCAUUGUAAAAUGGCUCCGGUGCAGAUUGGGUCAGAUGGGCAGCUGGUCCCGCUCGGGGGUCCCAUAGCCUCGGGUCCCCAGCCACCUCCACCCGGGGCCCCAGCCACACAAGGGGUCCGACUCAGCCUGCUGAUUGAGUUUCUUCUCCAGAGGACCUACCAUGAAAUUACCCUGCUGGCUGAACUACUUCCCAGAAAAACCGACAUGGAGAGGAAAAUUGAAAUCGUCCAGUUUGCCAGUCGCACCAGGCAGCUCUUUGUGCGUCUCUUAGCCCUGGUGAAGUGGGCAAGCAAUGCAGGAAAAGUGGAAAAGUGUGCGAUGAUCUCCAGCUUCCUGGACCAGCAGGCCAUUCUGUUUGUGGAUACGGCUGAUAGGCUGGCAUCACUGGCCAGAGAUGCCCUGGUACACGCCCGUUUGCCCAGUUUUGCCAUCCCUUUUGCCAUAGAUGUGCUCACCACAGGAUCCUACCCACGCCUGCCCACAUGCAUACGAGAUAAAAUAAUUCCUCCAGAUCCCAUUACUAAAGCCGAGAAGCAGACCACCCUGAACCAGCUCAAUCAGAUUCUACGGCACCGCCUUGUCACCACAGACUUACCCCCUCAGCUAGCCAACCUCACAGUGGCUAACGGGCGUGUGAAGUUUCGCGUGGAAGGAGAGUUUGAGGCCACCUUGACAGUGAUGGGCGAUGACCCAGAUAUUCCCUGGAGGCUGCUGAAGCUGGAGAUUCUGGUGGAGGACAAGGAAACUGGAGAUGGCCGAGCCCUGGUCCACAGUAUGCAGGUGAACUUUAUCCACGAGCUGGUCCAGGCACGUCUGUUUGCAGAUGAGAAACCCCUACAGGACAUGUACAACUGCUUGCACUCCUUCUGUCUGUCGCUGCAGCUCGAGGUGCUGCACUCACAGACCCUUAUGCUGAUCCGAGAGCGCUGGGGGGACCUGGUGCAGGUGGAGAGAUACCUGCCCGCCAAAUACCUCACACUUGCUGUCUGGAACCAACAGGUUUUGGGUAGGAAAACAGGCACUGCAUCUGUACACAAAGUCACCAUCAAAAUUGACGAUUCAGAUGGGUCCAAGCCAUUGCAGAUAUCUCAUGAACCUCCUCUCCCUGCAUGUGACUCUAAACUCAUGGAGAGAGCUAUGAAGAUUGAUCAUCUCUCAGUGGAGAAACUUUUGAUCGACAGUGUGCAUGCCCGCUCCCAUCAGAAGCUACAGGAACUGAAGGCUAUUCUAAAGGCCAGCAACCCCAGUGACAACUCAUUCAUCGAGACUGCUUUGCCCACUCUUGUUAUUCCAAUACUGGAGCCCUGUGGUCGCUCAGAGUGCCUACACAUCUUUGUUGACCUUCACUCGGGGAUGUUCCAGCCCAUGCUGUAUGGAAUUGAUCAGUCCAUGCUGGAUGACAUCGAGAAGACCAUCAAUGAUGACAUGAAACGCAUCAUAUCUUGGCUUCAACAGCUAAAGUUCUGGCUGGGGGAACAGCGCUGUCGACAGUCAAUGAAGCACCUUCCCACUGUGUGCACCGACGUCCUCCACCUGUCCAACGCAGCCUCUCACCCUGUUGGCAGCUUAUCCAAACACAAACUCUUCAUCAAACUCACACGGCUACCACAGUACUACAUAGUGGUGGAGAUGCUGGAUGUGGCUGGCAAUCCCACUGAGUUGGAGUACAAAUACUCCUUCCUGUCUGUGUCACAGUUGGAGGGAGAGGACGGACCUCCAUGUGCCCAGCUCCUACAACACUUCAAGCCUAACCUGGAACAGCUUGUCCAGGACACCACGGGGAAAGGCUUCCGCCCUGGGACCAAAAGAAAGCUGUCUGGAGACCAGGGAGCCCUGGAGCCAAAGAAACCCAAGCGCUCUGGGGAAAUGUGUGCUUUCAACAAGGAGCUGGCUCACCUUGUGGCCAUGUGUGACACCAACAUGCCAUUCAUUGGCCUCAGAGCAGAGCUGUCUAACAUGGAGAUCCCGAACCAGGGUGUCCAGGUGGAGGGAGACGGCUGCAGUCACGCCAUACGCCUCCUCAAGAUUCCUCCUUGUAAAGGUGUAGGAGAGGAGACCAGGAGAGCUCUGGCACGCUCUCUGUUAGAUUGCACCUUCCGCCUGCAGGGCAGGAACAACCGGACCUGGGUGGCUGAGCUAGUGCUGGCCAACUGCCCUCUGAAUAGCACAAACAGCAAAGAACAAGCGUCCACACGGCAUGUGUAUCUGACCUAUGAAAACCCACUGUCAGAACCAGUGGGUGGGAGGAAGGUGGUGGAGAUGUUCCUCAAUGACUGGAGCUCCAUCAGUCAGCUCUACCAGUGUGUCCUUGAAUUUUCACGUGCACUACCAGAGAUGCCAUCUUACCUGAGCCUGUUCUCAGAGAUCCGGCUAUAUAACUAUCGUAAGCUGGUGCUCUGCUAUGGCAGCACAAAGGGCAGCUCUGUCACCAUCCAGUGGAACUCCAGCACCCAGCGUUUCCACCUGGCCCUUGGCACGGUGGGGCCCAACUCUGGCUGCUCCAACUGCCACAACAUCAUCCUCCACCAGCUGCAGGAAAUGUUCAACAAGAGCCCAAACGUGGUGCAGCUACUGCAGGUGCUGUCUGACACACUUGCUCCCCUUAAUGCGAUCAACAAGCUGCCAACGGUGCCCAUGCUGGGCCUGACCCAGCGCACCAACACUGCCUACCAGUGCUUCUCCAUCCUGCCCCAGUCACCCACGCACAUUCGCCUGGCCUUCCGCAACAUGUACUGCAUAGACAUCUACUGUCGCAGCCGUGGGGUGGUGGCUAUCCGAGAUGGAGCCUACAGCCUCUUUGACAACACUAAGAUUGUUGAGGGCUUCUACCCUGCCCCAGGACUCAAGACGUUUCUGAACAUGUUUGUGGACAGUAAUCAGGACGCUCGCAGGAGAUCUGUUAAUGAAGAUGAUAACCCACCUUCCCCAGUGGGUGUAGAUGUGAUAGACAGCCUGGUGAACCAGUUGCAACAGCCCAUGAGAGGAGGUGCAGGGGGUGUAUAUCCUCCACUCACUUCACCACCUACACCUUACCAUGCUAACGUAGCUCCUUCGCCAUCCAUGAUGCCCACCCAGUCUCCAGGGAACAUCCAUGCCUCCGGCUCCCCUAGCGGAGCUCUGAGGGCACCUUCUCCUUUUGGGCCCACCCCGUCUCCCUCCUCUCUCGGCAUAGCCAUGGGCCAGACCAGCUUUGCCAGCCCCCACGGUGCUCUGGACCCCAGCUCUCCAUAUGCCAUGAUGUCUCCUAGCCAGAGGGGCCAGUGGCCGGGCUCACCCCAGGUCUCGGGGCCUUCACCUGGUGCACGCAUUCAUGGCAUGUCCCCUGGAAACCCCUCGCUGCACUCGCCCAUCCCUGAUCCCCAUUCACCACGUGCUGGAACCAGUUCCCAGGUCAUGCCCAGCAGUAUGCCUCCACCCCGCAAGCUACCUCAGCGCCCCUGGGCGGCCUCCAUCCCUACCAUUCUCACCCACAAUGCCUUGCAUGUACUUCUGCUCCCCUCACCCACGCCCUGCCUGGUGCCAGGCCUGGCAGGAAGCUACCUCUGCUCACCACUGGAGCGCUUCCUGGGUUCAGUUAUCAUGAGACGCCACCUGCAGAGGAUCAUUCAGCAAGAGCCCAACUUGUCCAUUGUGAACUCCAAUGAGCCUGGGGUGAUCAUGUUCAAGACGGAGGUGCUGAAGUGCCGUGUUGCUCUCAACCCCAAGAACUACCAGACGCUGCAGCUCAAAGUCACUCCAGAGAAUGCUGGUCCCUGGUCCCAGGAGGAGCUGCAAGUAUUGGAGAAGUUCUUUGAGACCCGGGUGGCUGGCCCUCCUUUCAAGUACAACACUCUGAAUGCCUUCACAAAGCUGCUGGGGGCUCCGACUAACAUUCUCAGGGACUGCGUACGCAUCAUGAAGCUCGAACUGUUCCCUGACCAGGCUGGCCAGUUGAAGUGGAACGUCCAGUUCUGUCUGACCAUACCUCCCAGCGCUCCUCCCAUCGCCCCUCCUGGCACCAUCGCUGUGGUGCUCAAGUCCAAGAUGCUCUUCUUUCUCCAGCUGACGCAGCGUAUCCCUGUGCCUCAGGAGCCUGUGAGCAUCAUCGUGCCCAUUGUUUACGACAUGGCCACAGGCCUCACUCAGCAGGCCGACAUCCCCAGACAGCACAGCUCCUCUGGGGCUGCAGCCCUCAUGGUCUCCAACAUCCUGAAGAGGUUCAAUGAGCUGCAUCCUGCCAGACAGGGCGAGUGUACAAUAUUUGCCUCUGUUCAUGAGCUGAUGGCCAAUCUCACCCUACCCCCUGGUGGUCGUCAGUAGCAACAGUAAAUCCAUAGCCAGUACUGGAUCUCAACUGGAUGAAGUCCCUUCUGUGACUGAGUUAGAAGGAAUGAGUGAGAGUGAGAGUCGCAGGACAUUAACUGUGGUCCCAAGAUGUCAAAAUGCAACAUAUGUUCUCUGUGCUUCAGCCAGUGGACUUCAACUUGAUGUAUAGUUCCUGCUACAAAAGGGAGUGAAUUAUGCAGAUUUGUAAAACACAGUGUUUAUUCUUGAUAAAAGUCAUUGUGACUCAAAGAAACAACGGUGGCCAUGGAGGUGUAUCAUGAGAGAGGGAGGCAUUUGAUGCAAAACAUUAUGACACAUGUUAUUUUUUUUCCUUCAGGUGCACUUCUAAACAAAGGAUUAUCUAUUGAAAUUAUGGUUGUUUACCAAAAGAUGUACAUUGUUGUAUAUAUGAGUGUUGAAAAGAAUCCUACACAGUUUGAAUUAGAAUUUUGCUAGAGAUUGUCUUUACAUUCUUUUUUUAUAUAUACAUAUAUAUAUAAAAUGCCAGAUCGAUACUGUUAUGGUGUCAGGAGAUAUAUUCUUUCUUAGCACACUAUUUAAAUGUAUUCUUCCCUUUACUAUGUCAAAACCUCAGCGUUUUUAUUUGGAGCUGUCACUUUGGAUACUGUAAAACUGUGACAAAGUUUCUAAGCCAGCUGUAUUUUAUUAAGACUGCUUUUGAGUCCUGAAUGAAGAAUCUGAGACCUCUUGUCUGUCUUUGAUUACUUAAUAAACCAAGCCCAGAGCUGA